ACCCUCUCUACUUUUUCCAAUCCAACGGUUCAAAUAUCACUUGAGCCACCACGAUUGAUAACAGCCGUCCGAUUAAACAAGUCCAAAGACAUUUGUUUAUGCUCUUGUCUCCUAGCCCAGGCGUUGUGUGAUGUUGAAUUCUAAGUUGCAGGUCGUUUAAGCAUCUCUCUCUCUUUUUUUCUCUUUCUCUUUCUCCUUCCCUCUCUCUCUCUCUCUCUCUCCUCCUCUCCCUUUCAUGUCUCGCCGUGAAGUCGCCUCCAUUAUCAACACAUAAGUCACUCACAUUCCUCUUAAGCACAACACACAAAGAGAUCCGCCAUUGUAAUGGGGUCACAGGAGUCAAUGCGGGUACCACCAUGGCUUGAAUCAUUACUAACCACAUCUUUUUUCGCGGUUUGCCGGAUUCACGGCGACGCCGCCCGGAGCGAAUGUAAUAUGUAUUGUCUUGAUUGCAAUGGUGAUGCAUUCUGUUUCUACUGUCGUUCUUCUCGUCACAAAGAUCAUCGCGUAAUUCAAAUAAGAAGAUCAUCUUACCAUGAUGUAGUGAGAGUUGCUGAAAUUCAAAAGGUUCUUGAUAUUAGUGGAGUUCAAACUUAUGUGAUAAACAGUGCUAGAGUUUUAUUUCUUAAUGAGAGACCUCAACCUAAGAGUGGUAAAGGGGUAUCUCAUAUCUGUGAGAUAUGUAGCAGAAGUCUCUUAGAUCCAUUUCGUUUCUGUUCAUUGGGUUGCAAGCUUGUAGCAAUAAAGAGGAAUGGAGAUGCAAGUUUAACCUUAGAGAACAAGGAAGAAGAAAGAAUGGAAAGUGGAGGAGGAGAAGGGAUAUCAAGAAGAGUGGGGAAAGAGGAAGAUGAGUUGCGUGAAGGAAGCCAAUCACAAGACAUAUACCCUACAACACCAUCACCACCAGCAAAUCAAAGAAGAAGAAAGGGAAUCCCACAUAGGGCACCCUUUGGGUCUUAAGAAAGGCGUUUUCCUGAAUUCCUGCAAAGACUAAGGAGGAGAAGAAGGAGGAGAAGGAGGAGGAGGGUGGGUUAGGUUAGGUAACAAGGUUCAUGUGGGGUUAACAAGUCCAAAUCACUACUACAUCUCUCUGUGUCAAUCUCUUUCUUUUCUCUCUCUUUUCUAUAGACUCUCUCAUACAUCUCUUUCUUCUUUCUUCUUUCUCUUUCUCACUAUUUUAAACUCACUCUCUUGUGCUUGUGCGCUUGUGGUGGGAGAGGAGCAAUAAUGCAGGGGAUUACCAUCGGGAAGGUGGCAAGGUGUACAUGUAAUUAAUUAAUGAAAGCAAAGUCCAUUUGUUGAAGUCAGUUAAA